GUUUUAUCGCCAUGCAAACAUACAAAGAACUUAUUCUUUGCUUACACAUGACGUCACUACGAGUCAUUAGGCGCCAUCUUGGUUGAUUUUAAACUUUCGUUAAGCCGUUUACGGUGAAAUAGUUGAGUUAAUUUAACAUUCUCUGGUUUGUUUUGAAAACACGUUACUGUAUUGCGGAUAGUUUACGGUCUUUGGCUCAAUACGACAAAGAAUGAAGAAUGUGAAUUUUAUAGUUGCCACGUGUAUUUUGAAAAUCAACCAAUAUGGCGUCGAUUGCAAACGAGCGAUAGCCUCUCGGGCAGGAAUUGAACUUGCAAUUGAACUUUUUCAAAUACCCCUGGUUAGGUCUUAAAUGUAUAGAAAUUUACGUUCUUAGUGAAACCCAGUUACACACGUAAAAAUCUCACCACUUGUCAACAAGAUGCGUUCGCAACAGGCCUGUAGCAAGCUUGUCAACAAGUUGUAACAAUGCUGUUAUUCCAUCAAGUUGCCACAAGGUUGUCACUCACAACUUCUUGACAAAUUGUUGCAUUGCAGGACGAUAUAACAAGUUGUUGGAACAACUUGCGACAAGUCUGUUGAGCUCAACAACCUUGUAGCAAGUUGUCAACAAGCUGGGAACAAGCAGUGCGAACACAUCCUGUUGCCAAGCUGUUGGAACAGCAUUGCUACAAGUCUACUGCAGACGUCUUUGCGUGUAUCGAGCUACAACAAAGCAGGAAUGCCCCCUAAUAAAGGUUCGACUGUUUAAUGUGUGCGUUUUUACCGAUAACUAAACCCCGUCGUAUGUUCGAAAGCUUUCCUUCGUAGCUGCGCUAUACUAGUUCCUCGCCAAUAUUCCCCUCCGUUAGGCAUACUGCACUGAAGAUCCUGUAAGGUGGGUGAAGACGAUAUAGGCAUGUCCCGGGAGGGAUACCCCGUUUGGUACGCAACCUGGGGGGCCUGACUAAGUUGUUGAUUUAACCCACUUAAGGUGGAUCUCUGUUGAUAGGACUGUUGAAGUAUAUCGUGAUUCGAUUGGUUGAAAUGAGUGGAUGGAAGCGAGGUCGUCGCCAUGGUUGGGACCCCGGAUGGGGCGACUGAGGGCCACCUGUGGUCGUUAUGGUAUGUACAUAGGGGGUCUAGGGGAUUGGGGUUGAAGCUUUGCGCAAAUUGAGAGGGGAGGAUUGGGGCGGGGGGUCGGAGGACUGAGGUCGUCUUCUUACGUUUCUUCCAUUUUGCGCGACGAUUUUGAAACCAGACCUAAAAACAAAAUAACAGUUUACAUUUGCUACAAUGGGUGAUUCUAGCGAUAGACUAAAUUUUGAUCUAGGCAAGGAAAACCUGAAAAUCCAUCACCACAGUUAGGCCAAAAAAAAAAUAUGUGGGUUUCCGGUUUCCCGACCCUACCUAGCUUUUGGACGUCGAAAAUCCGACCCUAAACUUUUUUAUUGGAUUUAUGCUUGUAAGUGUUUCCACUUAGAGGAAAAAGUUUGUGGAAAAUUGAAAUUUGAGGCAAUAUUAGGGAAAUUUAUUUUUGGAUGUGGAAGCACUGACUAAACAAAAUGGCGUCCGCUUGUUCGGAAAAUUAAAAAAAAAGUUUAAAAAAAAAGUUAAAAUCGACCUACCCUACCUAAGUUUUUAUAAGAAGAAACCGGAAACCCACAUAUUUUUUUUUGGCUUAGAAAGAGCAUAUUAAAAUUAGUAAAAUCUCAAAGUUUGGUUGCGAGGAAAAUGAGGAAAAUAUAGCCCUGCGAAAUUUGCAGAUUUUGUAUUAAUUUGUAUUACGCACGGGAAAAUGCAUACUUUGAUUAAACCGCGCCAAUCACAAAACAGAAUUAGUGAUUUUGGUACAGAUUUAAUCAAAGAAUCCUCCCGUUGAACCAGUGCCUUCGCGACGUUUCAAUUUAUUAUUUACUGAAGGCUCUGGAAUCCAGGGUAGAAAAUGCACCACUUUCGGCGCAAAUGUGGUGCAUACCACACCCAGUAGUAGCGAAGUGCCCCCCUAUAUUCCAGUCAUUAAAGAAAAUCAUUUUCAUGUUUAAGCCCAUUUACAUUUGCCGUUUGUGCUGCGAUUUCUAGUGCGUGCACUGCGAUUGUCUACUGAUGGAUGUGAUCGAGUAGAUGAGUUAGGAAUGUUGCGAGUAUAUGGACCAUAGAAAUAAUAGACAUAGAAUGCGUGCUAAUGACGAAUCAUGUCUCCACUUUUUCAGGUGCGUGCCCUUUUGAAUGCGCCAUUUUGAAUUUUGGCCAGGAGUGCAAACUACAAAGUAUAAAACAAAGCUAAAACUACGUUUUCAUCGUCAAAACGUUUUGUUUUGUUGUCUAAUUUGUAGUUUGGGGAUAGAUUUUGAGUUCCUUGAAGGCACAAACUGUCAAAGCAAAUGUGCAGUUACAAAACACUAUGAAAACAGUGAAAAUCGUGCAGCCUUUUAAAAGCAAAGUAGUUUCGCGAAAAUAUAAUUUGCUCAAAACAUUUUUGCAUGCUCUAAACGUAACUGUUUUGCUAAUAUCUUAUAAGAUUACAAAAUGAUAGUUCUUUGUUCGUCGGGUUUCGUUUUUCUGCAAUGUAAACGAAGUGUUUUUAUGUUCUUGAAACAUUUUAUAUUUGUCGAUAAACUGUAAAAUUGCCUAAAAAUAAUCGUCGAAAACCAUGGUUUCAAAAGCGUUGCCUCAAGCUCAAGCAACGUAGAAAAAUAUGAAAUAUAAUUGUGUAAGUUUAAAAGAUUAUUGAACUCCAUUUAUAUUGUAAAAGAGUUGAAAUAUUUGUAGAACAUACCUAUUGAGUUUGUCUUGAUCUUUUGUGUUUUGUUUUGGCUUGCACAACAACAUAACGUUGAAAAUUUAUUUUUAAACGACGAUUUCUGCAUAUAUUCUGUUCAGAACUAUUGCUUUUCGUAAAAAAACCACUGGAAUGGGUUUUUAGACACUUUUCCUUAGUUUACCAAACUUUUUUUCCAUUUUAAGUGCCGAUAUAAAAUUUUUUGCAAACUUUUCAGUUGAAAAAAUAAUUCGCAUUCCGUUGCAGGGCAGGGGCCUCCGGAGUCUGGGACCAACCAAAAUGCCCUUUUCAAUGCGCCAUUUUGUGGAGACAAUUUUUUUACUGAGAAAAGAUAGGAGCACGCAUUCUAUGUCUAUUAUUUCUAUGAUAUGGACCCUCUCUGAACAUUCGCGAGUCUUCCACUCUUUCACAUCCAUCAGAAGAAGAAUAUUGCACCUAAAAUCGCAGCAAAUUUUGCAAGUGUGGACGGACUUUUGUGUGAAGUGAGAUACCUCCAGAAAGUGAUUGAUUAGCAGCUUUAAUAAAUGUUUAAAAUGUGUGGGUGUAUGACAAAGGUUCAUUAUAUGUAGCGUUUUAUUUUAUUACAGGUGUAGAAUUCCAGCCUAAAUUCCUUUUCUUCUAUUCAGUUUUUGUGGCCGCGGCAUUUAUUACACUUUAGACCUAAAACCAUUUCUUAUUAAUGAACAUUCGGUAAAUAGGGUAUUGUGAUAUCUGUGCUAAUUAGCAAUGAAUACUGAAUCAAAUUUAUUCCAUUGUACGGUCAGAAAACUAUACUAAAAAAAUUGAACCUAAACAUUUUUGAGGUUUUUGCAGUAACCGUAGACUUAUUACCCUAAAGUUUCCUGAUUAGACCCAGGACAGAUUUGCGAAGCUAAGCAUUCAAAUGUCGGAAAAAACAUUAUGCGAAACGCUUAUAUAUUAAAGAGUUUUCUAUUUAACACAAGACUUCUAAAACCCAACAAUAUAGAUAAUUAUAUACCUUUUGCAUUUUGUUACAUUUUAAACGCACAAAGAAAUUAUUGAUUAUUGUAAAUGUAGGCCAAUUAAACUGGGCCAUUGUGCCUAAUUUUCUUUUCUGAUAGCCAUACGUUUAGCACAUAUUUUGUAAAUUUACUGAAAUUGAUCAUUGAACUAAAACGAAAAUUGUUUGAAAAUUGCGCAAAUUGAGCUAAACAGUUCUCGUGCCAUUGAUGAGAAAAGCAAUAGUAUUUAAUUUCACUGUUAUCUCAAAUCUCGAAACUUUUUAUCUAUUUUGUUGCUUGGGGCUUUAAAUUUGCUAUUCAAUGCAGCUAAAUUACAGUUACAAAGGCCUUAUAUUUAAGACUGUUAUAGAGCUAUAAUUAAUUGCAGCGUCUCGUAACUUCUCAUUGAAACAUAAUAAUGAUAUCGCAUUAAACCAUCCGAUGUAUUGUUCAUAAGAUUGUGGCCUGUGAAAAAAGUACAUUUAAUAAAUCUUCCGUCAAAACAACGGAUUAAUUUAGUUUUCAAGCGCAAAAAUCGCGCGCGGCAGAUCGUUUGUGGUCUAGGUAAAUUAAGUUAGCUUUUCAUAACGAGAGCGUUUUUUAAUUUCAUAUUGCCGUUUCAAAAUAUCGAGUACAUUCGGUUUCAUUAAAACGGCAGCAAACAUUUAUAUCAUUUUUUGCCGACUUGUAUUUGCUGACGGCGGCGCGACGCAAAGCAACGUAUUGUUUCAUCAGCAUCUGGCGUGUUUUGUUAUACGGGGAAACGUAUUUUAUCCCCGUAGACAAACUGCUGUGUUCAACAAAGCCAGCCAGCUAAGCCUACUAUAGUUUGCCAUGCCUAUCACUUUGUGACAACUUUUAGACCGCUUCAACUUUCUAAUAUUAAUUCAGGAACAGUAUGCUAGGUCUGCAGACGGCUCUAACAUAGACAUAAUAUGCAGAUAGUGUUUACACUUCAUAUCAGUUUUGUAAACUUUUGUCGACGCGGGGUAACGUUCGGACGAAAUUGCUUUCGGUCAUUCUCUUUGUAUGGGGCCCUAAUGCCGACUCUUUGUGAGCUAUAGGCCCGUUUUGUAUUUGCCCUACUGACUUACUGUAGAAUGUGUUCAAAGCCUCCAGCUUUCACUAUAUAUAGUGACCUUAUGUCAGUCUAGCAAAGCGAGUAGCAUACAAUUUUUUACUUUAUAUUUUGCGCUUAUAUCUUUUUCAUUAAUGUGGGCAGCUAAGCCUAUUUGGGGAAUGUAGCAUUAUGAUAGAGCAAUAUCAUUCCUCUGUAGAAUAAUUAAAAACAAUUAGUCGUAGUAUCUUUAUUCUAUAGACAUUUUACACAUGAUAUAGCACUCACAUGAAAAUGAGGCGAAAUAUGGCACUGUAGUUAAUAUGCAGAUGUCUGAAUAUAAUUUCACCUCAGUCACAUCUGAAACGAGCGUUUGAGGUUUUUUCUUCAAUGACGUUCCCAGAGCCACCUUAAUUUUUAACGGGCGGCCUGGGUACGAGGUUUGGCUUUCUCACACCAAAGUCCUGGGUUCGAAGUUGUUCUGACCGCUGACCUCAGGAUAAUACUGGACUGACUAUCGUGUUCAUUAGUAAUGUUGGCCUUUUAUCAACAGAGCGUUUUAAUAACAUGAUCUUUUUUAUUGAGUAUUUAUAAAACUUGACAAUUUUUAUAAAAUUAUAUGAAGUCGCAAUACGCAGCUUUUGUAUACUCUAAUUUUAAAAUAAUUAAAAACUAGACGUAAUAAUAAAUUUGAAAUAUAGACGCAAUUUGCAACCUGGCAUACGGGAUCACAAUGUGUCAUUGAGAUAAUUAUUUCCGUAUUGAAUCAAUUUAUUUUAUUUAUCGAACAUAAUUUAAAGCAUUAGUUUCAAAAUAUAUGCGGGGUAUGACUUAAAUUUGUCAGUUAUACAAUAUGUUCAAACACGAAUUUUUCGCUCACAAAUUUUGAAGUCUCUAAGGAUCCGUGUAUUUUCUACGUUGCAGUAUCGUGGAAUGUGAAUAAAACUUAAGAGUUAUUUAAUAUAUCUAUUAAAAUAUGUCAUUGUGACAGUGAUGAUCGCCUUAUUCUUUAAGUGGUUUUUCUGCUAACAUAUUGAUUAUUAUCGUAUUCUUUAAUUAAACACGUUCCAAGUUCCCUAAUAAACUUGCUUAAUAUAAAAUGCUUAUAACGAUGUCUUUAUGUCAGGUACUAAUUGUGCUGUCCGAAAGCUAUAUAUUACUCUUGAUGAAAAAUUAUUGACGAAACAAUUAAAAAUACAUUUCAAGAACCGUUGUUUUGUUUGCAUAUAAAUAUUCAGUUUAUUACUAUGUCAUGCGAUACGCUUGUAUACUCGUUGACUGAUUAUUCUAUCAAUUAAAGAAAAUUUAGAAAAGAGUAUCUCUUGUUAAGGACAUAACUCCAACAGGCACGAAUCAUUUCAUACCAGUUUCCAAAAAGCACAUAUCGUAGAUUCUCUAUUAACUUUGAUGGGAGGGGGGCACUUAUUGGAGAGACAGGGAUUCAAACGAGAGAGGGGGUAUUGAAGUUAUUGCAAAGUAAACUGACAUUUAAAUGCCAGCCCAAUUGAUAAAUCGUAGAAGCACUCGUGCGUUUUCGUUGUUGGGAAGGGAAGGGCAUUUGAUAAAUAUCUUCGUUUUAAAAUUCGGGAUUGUUAGAAAGGGAGUUUGAGUCUACAGUUGUUAGAAAUGGGGUUUACUUGACCCUACACUUGUUAGAGAGGGGAUUUACUUGAGUCUACACUUGUUAGAGAGGGGCCUGACUUAAGCCUACGCUUGUUAGAGAGGGGACUUACUUGAGCCUACAAUUGUUAGAGAGGGGACUUACUUGAGCCUACACUUGUUAGAGAGUGGACUCAAUUGGAGGGGGGGGGGGGGUAUGUAGAGUAUUUACUGCCUAUAUUCGUCACUAAAUACAUUGAACGUCAAAUUGAACUUCGCCUGUUUUCAUUUUUUAGCGGCUUCAUAGAUGAACACUCUCAAGAUGUGAACACGUGGUAUCACUGUGUGCCACACCCACCAAUCUGAAGCGUUGAUGUAAGUACAAACGCCAAAAACUACAUUUUGUCUGUUGGCAUAUUUUUGGGAAUAACCUGAGUCUAGAACGCGUUGGGAAUGACAGGAAUUGCAAAUCGGGCACCAUAAUUGAAGCGUACAACAAACGCAACCAAGAACGAAUUCUGGAACACGUUUUUUGUCAGGUUAUUUUUAAGUAGUCUGCAUAUAUGCGGUCAGGUACUUAUAUUGACUCAGAUAUAUAUAGUCAAUUGUUAAAUAGCGUCGAGACAGGAACAAACAUUCGGUUUAUGAGUGUGAUGUAACUUCAUGCCCCCGCUAAUAUUUGAUGUUUUAAAUCGUUACCUUGUACAACCUUUGAUACGUUUCCUUGUAUCACCUUGAAGAACAAGGCUUAUACGUUCUUACAAUGUGUGUUAUAGCUCUGUAAUGGCGCUAUUUUCCUUCUUUGUAUAUUUCUAUUUAACCAUUCCAAACUGUACUAAUACACAUGACAAAAUAUUAACAAACACUGUAAGUUUGGAGGCGUUGAAUUAACUGCACUGUAAAGUCUGUGUUAUAAUGUCACCGUUUUUGCUGACAGAAUAACGCUUUUGGAAUUGAAUCAACUUUUAUGGCUUGAAAAUGCAAUUUGCAGUGUACCCUAGCUGGGUUUAUAAUGAGAGACAAGAACGGUUCUAUGUUGGACCAUGUCCAUGUAAGAUUAAGUAUACUUUUCCGCUUGGCUUUGGUUAAAAUGGGCUACGCCCAUAAUAUGUGAAAAGCUGUAGAGUUAAUAUUGAAUGAAAGCAUAGCCCCACGGCUCGCUCAGCGUAACAAGGUGGUCAAGUUUUGCAUUUUCUUGCCAGAUAUUCAGUAGAAAACAACACUACUAUUUUCCAUGUUAAAAAUUUGGCAGCAAACAGCGAAGAUUUGCGGUCAAUUUAAUAUUUAAUCGACUGUAGAAAUUUCAAACUUUCACUUAAUUAUACACAACAAUCAGAAACAAGGCUUUGCGUUAUUGCAGCGCGUGUCUAUAUAUUGCGAUAGUAAUAGGUGUGAAGCCCGUGGUUUUUAAAUAUAUAAUAAUAAAAAGUUUCAAAAUUAAAAUGUUGAAAAGAAUUAUGAUUAGAAACCACACCGAUGUUUCGAGCGGUGUUUAUUCCGAUCAGGAAAGUCAGACUUUAUAGUCGAAACGUCAGUCAGUUUCUAUAACGUCUCUAUAUUUUUGUAAAUUGUGUUUUAAGUUUGAGUAAGUCAAGAAAUUCUGCUAAUAAUAAUGAUAUUUUAAAUUAUGUUAGAAAAUACUCGAGCCGCGGGCUAGAUUACUUAUCCAAUAAUACAUGUUCGGGCCAUUAAUUUUCCGUUUCUUUAAGCCCAAAGAAAAAGGCUGCAUUUCAACUUUUAUAUAAUAUAUUUAAAAAUAUUUUGUAUUUUGGACAAUAUAGAAUAUUGGACCGUGUUCCUUAGAUCGACUGUUAUAUCCCAGAUGAUACACGAAGUAUUUAACUGAUAUCUAAUCCUAUUACAGUAAAUUACUCGAGAGUGUGUCUUCUCUGUUCGUAGCUCUAUCGUUAUUGUAGUACUGUCCAAUGUCAUAUCAGCUUCAUAAUAUUGAAACCGUUUUUGAGUUUGUAAUAAAAAUAUUGUCUUGUUUGCACAGUAACCCGCCGUUACCAGAGGUCAAAAGCCAGCCGACGGCGGGGUAUUUAGCAACGUUAGCGCUUACAAAUCGCUUUUCCUGUCACAUUCAACUAAAAUUCUAGCCUAGGUUGCUUUUCAUGCUGUUCACAAUGUCUCUUUGACGCAGAUUAGCGCAGAAUUGCGUGUGCUGUCGCAGUUACGCGCGUACCGACAAAGCAGAGUACAAGCCUUUAUUAGUUUUUCUAUUCUGUGCACAACUAUAGCAAACGCUUAUUAAACUUUCAAACGUUGGUUACCGACUCUUGUGUUAGGAAAGUCAAAACAAAUAUCGCGGUCUUUGAGAAAUUGCCGCCGUAUAACUACGCUGGAAUACGUUAGUGAUAUAUUCAUGUUUUAUUACUGCACUUUCGUAUAUUAUUAUGGAACGGGAACUCCACACAAAUAUAUGCCAUGGAACAUUUUGAUUGAAAUGUUCCGGUUGAAACCUAUCCUAGAUGCAGAAUCGUAUAAUUAUGUAGUAUCAUUUUAGCUGCGACCGACUAUAUGCCAUAUAGCGUUACUUCACAUUAGUAUCUUGACUUAAGUCGAUUCAAAACUUAUAUCUCUGCUUAGAAUAGCUGUCUUAACUGAGGCUUCGAAAAUACUUUAAAAAUGUUUUACGCCAAACAAAAACGUAUUUAGUAAUCUAAGACUAAAGCUUUCUCUAUCGUCUGAGUAAAAUCUCACAGAAUAAAUUUGCAACCUGUCUUUGGAGCUAUAGUGUUGCACUGACUAAAACUACCAAAAAUAGUCUAGUUUAUCCAGGCAUUGUCAACUUUUUGCGCAGAUCUGCCGUAAACUAUUUUAAGGGCUUCCUUAGUUUGAUUAAGUAAUCUAAGGAAAUUAAGGUUUUAUAUCCGUAUAUUGGUAGUAUUUAUUUGUCGCAAUAGGAUGUCCAUGUAUAUUUAGUGUACAUUUCUUUGCAAAAUGUACGUUGAUAUUUGCAGUGAUGUCUCAAUCGUUGCGUCUAGUGUAGGUAAUAUACAAUAGUAUAUAAGCUGCUGUAGUUUGUGUCUGAACUAUCUGAAAAGGAUAUCUUAAACGUGGUGGUCUAGUGUGUAGGUAGUAUUCUACAAUAAGCUAUUUCGACGUUUUAAAGAAAGAGCCUUCGCCAGGGGCUGCUAACUUUGCGAUGUAAGCUCUUCGCGCUGGUUCGAAACUUGAUAUUUUCCAAUUAGUUCAGACACAAACCAUUGCAUUAUAAUUCUAGGUCACAGGAGAGCAGUAAGACUUAUAUAUAAAAGUCAUGCUAAGGGUUGCACUCAUGGCUAUUGUUUAUCCACAUAGUUACACGCGAAUGUGUGAAGACCGAUACCAAAUCGGGAGAAAUUAUGUCAAAGGUGACAAAGUGAUAAACGAUGACUUGCUAACACUUUAUAUUAUUUUUUAUCACGAUAUCUGGGCUAUAAAGUAAAUAUGCGCUAUCUAUCUUUAUUAUUAAUAGCUCUAUCAGUUUUAAACUGCUCUCUCUAGAGGUCCAUGUAGAUAAGAGCAUCCCUACUGAAACUGGCUAUAGCUCUAUCAGUUCUAAAUUGUUCUUCCUAGAGGUCCAGUAAGGAUCGUCUCUUAUUGAUCCAGUGUUACCAUAAGCGAAGGCCUACCAAACUAACUUUACCUAGACUGGACAGUUCCACUAGUUCUAUUAACUGUUCUUUCCACAUGUCCUAUAAGGGCCAUGCCUUAUAAUCCAGAUAUGUACUGUUCAGUCCGCACUAACAACGAAGGGGCUAGCUUAAAUACUUUUCUAAACCACGCGCGCAAAUGUUGCAGUUAAACAAUAGUGCGCAAAAGCUUUGCUUAUAUUGAUAACUUUAACAGAAUCCUCCCCAAAGUCAUGGAACGCUGCGACGGAAAUUAACGCUUGAUGAGGUAUCUUUGUAUUCGUAAUUCAAGUUUUGUUUUGCCCAGAAUGACACAGCAAUCAGGCAAUUAUGCCAAGUAACACACUCAAUUGAGUGAAACGAGCCUCGAAAUUGCAAAACGAUAACAGCCUAAGCCUAUUUCGCAUGACAGACAUUUUCAAGCUUGUGUGUGUGUCGGCAAUUGCUUCAAGUUAUAUUUGGUUUUUAAUAAAAUGCACGAAACAAAAGCGGACGGCAGUAUUUGGAAUGAGCAAGGCGGUGGAACCCCACUGAGAAGCGUUUAGCCCGCUUUUGAUUUUUUAACUCAGUUUUUCCGCCUGUAUUCCUACGUGCACGCACCGUUUGAGUGGUUUUUAGCCCAAGGAUAGUGUGAUUAUGCCACUAACUGCUUUCCCAUUACGACUAACUACACUGUCACAGUAUCAUCGCGCUGUUACAUUAAUGUUCUUAAUAUUGAAAAUUCAAUAAUUACGAUACCCGCGCGAUAUAGGCUGGACUUUCGCCGCAAAUGAAAACUAUCUAUACUUCGGCAUUUAAAAGCUAACUCGAUGUUUUACAAAGCAAUGUUUGUGCAAACUCUUUGUGAAGUUUAUAAAACUAUUAAAGCGCGUUGCCUCUCUUUGAAAAGGCCGCAUGGAUUCUUCAGCAGAUUGUGGUCAACAUUUACACAUCAGAAAAUGUUAGGUUUUCGGCAAUACAGUUUCAUUCCUAUUCAGAGGGUACACUCAAUAUUUUCGAAACACUUUCUUUAGAGAGACAAUACAGUUUCAUUCCUAUUCAGAGAGUACACUCAACAUUUUAGAGACACUUUCCUUAGAGAAUUAUUUCUCUAACAUUGGGAUAGAUUUGGACAUAGAAUCAACGAAAAACUGUAGGCCAAAUAGAAAACGGAAUCAUGUUGCUCUGUUAGGAUUUCGUCAUCCGCCCUUCUACAUCGGUGUUAUAGUGUAGUUCCAACGUAAAAGUAAAGUAUAGUUUGUCCUCUUUUAAUCAAAAUUUUGCCCGGUUUACUGAUGUUUUGUAUUUUCCCAAACAGUGGAAAAGGCCGAAACUCUAUUUGGAAAAUAACAGCUUAUUGUAGAACACUUGAUGUACGUUUGAGAUCUAUUCCAAUCGUAGAUCAGUAUGAGAAAGAAUUAGCUGUAGAGAUAAGCUACACUUACAGUCCACCCAAUCUUGGGAGUUUCCUCUUAUAUGCCUUUGACACAAGUGAACGCGAGUAAUUUUAACGAGAUAGUUAUGUAUAUGCAGUGAUGCGUAUAUAGUUUCCCGUUCUUUAAAAUUUAUGCCAAGCCACGCAUUAACUUUUCAAGAACUUCUAAAUUGAUUUAAGUUUGCUCAAAUAUUAGAGCAAUUCUAAACCGAUUGGAAUAAAAAUAUGACGGGACGGUUGCCAAGAGCCUUUCGGCCAAUUACUGACCACUUAAAAUGUCUUGUUCAAUUGAAUGGAUACAACGGGCUUAUAUUACAAUAAUACACUCGCUUGACAAGCUUGUCAAAUGGCCGGGAAGGCAACAGAGGCUGAAGGACUUGUCUGCUACUUUAAAUUACAGUUAAUUCUGAGUAUUAGACUCUUAGCGGGAAAUCUAGUUUCGCUAAAUACGCUAAAAUAAUACACGGCAAGUUCCUCUUGACAACCUAAGCGCAACUAGUCGCUGAAAAAUGACAGCCCACUUAACUUUGAAUACUCGUUGAAUGCUGAUAGUUCAAUUUUGCGCAACUGUUCUCAGUUAGGUCCCGAAAAGCUAUAGCUAUGAACAAAAAUAUGUUAAUCCUUAAGAUAUUUGCUUGCAUAAAGUCUAGCUCGCUUCAAAACGAUGCAAAAAAUUUAAAAUAGUAGUUGUACAGUUAGCCCCCAUUCUUACCCAAGAUUCAUUCUUGCCUUCUAUCUCAGUAAUUUAAGUAGCGAAAUCUAUGCGACUAUUUGAAGACCACAUUAAGUAAAAUAAUACCGAAAGUCGAAAGCGGAACACUCGACAAUAUAUCAUAGGCCAUUUUAAAAUUAAAACUUUUAUUUGGCGUAAUGGGCGCAGUGAUGAAUGCAUAGUUUGCUUUGCUGUGACAAGCGCUGUUUUCAAAUUUUAAGAAGCAUGCAGCUAUAGUUUAGUUCUGGGUGUUAAAUCCAGUUUGUAAAAUGUCCACGUUUAUGGAGAAGCAAAGUUUUUGUGUCAUCAAAAUAAUACCUCCGUAGCUUCACAGUGAAAUGCGAAAGCAAACUUAACGUUGAAAAAUUAUUACUGCAUGCGUUAUUUCCGGACAAAGUUACUUAUUCCGCGCUAUGUUUAAACUGGCGUAAGGAUAUUGUAAUUUUACGAUAAAACACUCCUAACUUUGUCUCUUGAAAGCAAGCAAAAAUACUAGGGCAUACAUUUUGUAGUUUUAAUUUAGUUCUCGCUGCAAAUAGAAUUCCUUGGUGAAUGGGGGCAGUGGGAUAGCUCUUUCCAAUUUUAUAUAUUGGGAUAAUUCCUAUAUAGGCUAGCGUGAUAUCGUUCGACUGCCAUUUGAGAGAAAAUCUUGAAAAGCAUAGUUUUUAAACUAAAAAUAGUACAUACAUGGGUAAAUAAAUAGAGGAAUUAGGCUUAGAAGAAGAUAGACAAACAUUUGAAAAAGGGACAGUCACUCUACAGGUUGAAUAACAGUAGGAAUGGGACAUAUGUACUGUUUCACUAGGCUAUAAUAAAACUUGUAUAGACCCAUCUUCGUUAUUGCAACAGAGAUACUUAGAAUAGGUACUUAGCCAGCCAGCUUUUCAUGAUCAGAUACCGCGGUAUGCUAGCGAUACAUAAAAUGUUUACAGUUGUCUAACCUGGACUCUUGAUUCUGUCAAACCAAUUCGGGCCGCGAGGUCUUCUCUCAUAAAUACAUCGGGAUAAUGCGUCCGUGAGAAGCAUCUCUCUAGUUCAUUAAGUUGUGUUGGAGUGAACCGCGUCCGAUGUCGUUUCUGUUUUGAGAGUAGUGACUCGUUAGACUUCACGUCGUCUUCGUCGACUACAACUGUGUCCACACCAUUGCCUCUCUUGAUCUCUGUCGGCGAUACCUUUCCAUCAGGAGAUUUCCCAUUAUCUUAACGACGAGUAAAGGUAUUAAAUUAACACAGCAAGUAGUGUCACAAUAUCAUUAGAAUACUGAUUCCUCAACACUCGACACUAAUGGGGAAAAUUACUCGGAGUUAUCAAGAAAAUGAGCAUUUGUUUAAGCGAAGCGCGGUGCACUAACUUGAAUGGAAGGGUACUAUAUAUAAAUACAUACUAACCAUGAUCUGUUAUAAGACCUGUUAUGCUGUGCUCUAAACUAGGAACGAGAUCUAACAGAGAAUGUUCAGUGUUUAUAGCAUUUCCAUCUAAGUCUUCUCGAGACAUGAGCGUAGUUCCCGAGUCCAUAGCUUAAUCUUCUGAUCCGGCUAAAAUUUUCGGUGUCUCUUUGUAGGCAAGUUAUUAUAUGUGAAUUAAUAACUCACGACGCACGCAGCCAAUCACAGCGCGCCGAGCUCUCGCUUCUAAUAAAAGUUCUUCAGGUGUUGUCGGCGCAAGCGAGUCAAGCGAAUGAAAGCAAAUCACGUCGGAUUAAUAUUUAAUAGUGAUAAUUGACGCUGUUCAACGCUAUAAAUGAUUUGCUAUUAAUGUCUCUCUCGUCUCUCAUUUGCGCAUGAGAUGUGUCCCCAUAUUAUAGCAUACUCACGAGCACACAGCAGAAAACAAACAAUUUAAGUGCAAAUUUCGUUUGUUAUUUUAUACCUGCUGGCUUCCUUAACUUAUACAUGACACUGUUUAGACUAGCAUACCUUUAAACCAAACAAUCUCGCAAAGAAAAUUCGCGUAGCGGAUUUAAUGUUUUUAACAAUAUUAUAGAACUUUUUGUUUUUGCUUGUGAUCGUCUUUUGUGAGGCGUGCGUAUAUUCUAUUUAACAAUUUUUUUUUGCAUAAUAUUAUUUAAAAAAAAAGCCCAAUGUAUCUUUCAUUUCUUUUAUUAAGCUGGCAGCAUGUUGUGCAUUUUUUCCUUACUUUUGCUGGUAGCUAAGCACUCUAUAAAUUAUUCUCCUAAUUUUGCAUUGAUAUUCAUUUUAAGACAUAAACAGCAUUGUAAGAUUUCAGUAUAUAUAGUAAGUGCGCGCAAUUGUGUACAUGCACAGUUCAUCUUGCGCAAAUUGAUUUGUUCGUAAGUUCUGUUUGGUGUGUACUUCGUUGCAGCAAUAUCGUAUCAAUGGCCUAAUUGCAAAAACAUUGAUGGUUUGUUUGGGCGACUUUUCGAAUGUUUUGCAAAAUUGCUUUGGCAGGGCACAGCAAGCGAUCGCAGUCAUUAUUUCGAUUAAUAAAAUAUUAAUUACUAAUUAGAACUAUAUCCUUAUGACUACGGUUGCUGCAGACUUUUAGCUGUGAGGCAAUUUAGGAGUUUAAAUAUUACAAAACCCAAGGUCCCCAGUCGGCGCUUUCUACAGCAGAGUCGAGGUUCUUCCUGCUGAAUUGUCUGGCAUAUAUUUUGCGCAAAUCGGACAAAAAAUGGACGUUGCAUCAUCACAUGUUUUUGCAGACCUCUGAGACUUACUGUAGUAUAAUGUUUCAUGAAUUCAGAAGUAGUAGAAUUGUUUAGAAAUUUAACCUGGUGGUCUAAAAUAUAGUUCACAAUUUAUUAAUUUUGCCUGCUUGUACAUAAUUUGUAGGGGGCAAUUCCCACAUACACACAGCAGAACAAUAUAUAUUCCUAAUACUUUUGAUGACUUUUUUUUAUGUUGAAAACAGGUUGAGUUUUCUGGUUGGGAUAUUUUCCCUCUAUUUUGUAUUAAUACAUAUCAACUAUUGCCCACACUAGGACAUUUUACGUUGAGAUAGUUUAUAGGGAAAAACUGCAAGCUUAAAGUAUCAUCGGAAAGCAUAUUUUAUUAAAAACUCUAUUGUGUAAAAAAUUAACUAUGCUAUAUCAAUUUCUCAUAUAGGAGUAAGUUGACACGUUCGACUCGCACCUUUCUCCAAACAAAACACCUUUAAACAAAUUGACCGAGCUUUGAAUUUUCUUUUUCAAAAUUUCAAAACAGCCGAGCAUCAUUUUCGCUAUUAUAUGAAGUUUUAGAAUUUUGUGCGCUUUGAUAAAAAAAGUUUUCAAAACGCCUCAUUGUGUCUUGCUAUUCGUGCGUAUAUCUUGUUUCGCAUAGGAGGUGCAGUGUAUUUUAUUAGGUAAUCAGUAACUUUAAGCAGUGAAUUGUUUAAGACGUUGUCUUGGACAUCUGCAGCGUACAAUACACAAAGCAUUAGACGGAGUCUAAGCCUGACACACGUGCCCCUCAGUUGUUGUUCUGUAAUAGCUUGUUAAAUUUAGAUAGAAACAUUUUGAGUUUGUUCUAUAUGCACUGCACUUCUCAAGAAGAUGGUUUUAUAUUUAUACAGUGCGUUUGGAACUGUUGAAAGUACAUGUCUUUCAAAACGGUCCGUGUUUCAAAACGCCAGUGUAGUUAAUAACAAGAAAGUUUCGCCUUCGGAUUGAUAGCUUGGAAUACAACUAUAACUGAAAAAUGCAACUAGGCUAUAGCUACUUGUAUAUGUCAGGUGUGCUUGUAUUCCUAUCAAUCCGAAUUCUUGUCUUUCAAAACCACAAACUUAUCAAACUCUUUCUUUACUUCGACAAAGAGAAUUUUAUGUGUGCAGUGUCAUCCGUCAAACCGAAUCCUUGUUGAGUACUGUCUAUAUAGAGACCUCAAACUGAAGACAGUGCAUUAACAGCUAACCCAAUGCAAUUGUAUUCUGCGCUAUAAGCUAAUUGCACUCUUUUCAUUUCGUUCCACGUCUCUUUGUUACGCAAUCACGGAGAAAAUUUGGUUUAUUAAAGCAUUACCACAAACCAUAGAGCUGUUAUGUUCGUGUUGGGAUUCAAAAGCACUCCAUUGUAGCAUUGAAAACUAUAUAGCAAUGGCCAGUCGGUACAUUUUGUAAUCACGAGUUGUGAAAGUGAAGUGGUAUUAUACUGAGCAGUUAUAGUUUCAUUGGGUCUGGCAAAUUUAAGAAGUUACAAUGUGAAUCCGUGUACUUUAUUUUUUACUAAAUUUAUUAUCACUUAGGACAGGGAAGGACAUUGGAAUUGCCCCGAGAAAGUAAUGUACAUUUUUUAUAUAUUGUUCAAUCGUCGAUGGGUAUUACGACUAGGGAAUUUAAUAUCUAACUUUGACAAACCAUAUAAUUUCCCCCACGAAUGAGUAGUGUCCUCUUAGAGAAUCAUACAUGACCAUGAGUCCAUGACAAUAUAAUUUUCUGACUCACUGUGUGAUUUUAGUAUUGACUGUGGAGGCUUUAAUUGGUGAAUGUUUAGCAGAGAAGUGCCCUCUUUGAAGAGCUCUGGCAGUCUAGGGGGUAUAUAUCUCUAGUUUGCUUGUUUGAGCUGGCAGAAUUCUUAAAGAACUUCGCUGGCAUUUUGAGGAUAAUUUCUUGGUCAGGAGACUUUGUGAAUGAUACUGGAAUGCUUUAUGUACAAAUACUCCAUGUAUAAAGCUACUUUUGCGGAAGUGCGAUUUUGUCCGACUGAUUUCAUUUCCAGCUUGUGUAAUGAUAUUCGAAACAAACUGUGCGAACGUCAUCUCAUGCACUGCACAUUAUUACAUUAAAUUCACAAUAUUCAUCAUUACCACGUAGCUGGAUCUGAAAUCAGUCUGAGACAAUGUAUAGACGUACAUGCAGGCCGUAUUCUCACAAACUCAAGUGGUUUACGGAUUUAUUCUCUAUUUUUCAGACAUAGCAAUAUAAAAUUAUCACUUGCAACUCGUACAGUAUCGCUGACAUUACGUAACGAUACACGGGUCCGCAAGCGAUCGAAAAUACAAGUGCCUCCAUAGUACGACCAAGCAUAAACCCUGGCUCUUUGUUUGAAGUUCCUCUUCAAAAAUUGCCUUCGAAAUUCGCCUACUGUUGUUGAUCAAAUGUAAACAUUCUGAAACAAUAUGGAGACCAAAACGGGCUUUAAUCAACAUAACGUUUUAUUUGGAGCUUGAGAACUGACCAAUAAGAGCGAGAGAAAGAUAUUAAAUCGCUUUCGUGCACCACAUGAAACGAACCGCGCGGUACAUUUGAAGGCCAUGUUCCAAGGCAUACCGAAUGCCACUAUUGAAUAGAGACUUUCUUCCCUCGCCAGCUGCUUAUAGUUUGCCGAAAAAUAUCGAUGAAUUAAUAAAAAGCCUACUUAAUCUAACUAAAGCUACGAAGCAUUGUAAAUUUGAUUGAUUAAUUUCGCCUCAGAAAAAUGUACUAUUCUCACAUAGCUUGUGUAUGGGUUAGCAGUUAAUAAUGAAAUAGUGCCACCUAGGUUAUUGGGUCAAACUAUUUUGAAAUACUUGGUAACUUCGGUCAGGAGUAAUGAACAUUGAUUAUUUGGUUUGUUUGGUAUGUUAAAAUAUGAUGUGGCGAACUUCCUGAAAUUUUUCGAACCCAAUUUCGCAGUACUUAGAAACCCGGCGUAUAUUCAAUAAUCAUUCUUAGUACCCGCGGCAUGACUGCGACAGGGUAUUAUGACAUGUUAUAAGACUCACCUUCAAUCAUUGUGAAAUAGUUUCUCUCUCUAUCCAAGUCUUCGACAGGCGUGUGUAGCUCGCGCAUUUGGCUUGAGAAUGUUGUAAAGUUUGUGUCGUGUUCGACUUCACCGUCUUCUGCGGACAAUGAGUCGCAUGAUCGCCGUAGCAUUGUUUAUAUACAGCUUAAAUGCAAAUAUAAAUAGACCGUCCUAGACACGCAGGGGCAAUAUAGAAUACAAGAGGCUAGGAAAUAAUGCCCGUCAAUACAUAGCCACUAUGCGGGAGAACGGGGCAAACAACAAACACCGCGCGCGUAGAUUUUAAUUAAGGCAAGAUUUAAUUAAAAAGUGCGCGGAGAAGUUUUUUACCUCAACACGCUUUGUCACGACGCUUCUUCAAAGGGCAAAACAGCAAUUAGUAUUUUGGGGGGUUUUCUGAGAGAGCGAUAACUCUUGUAUGUUUGCCCCGCGAUUAAGCACUGUUUUCCAUAGAUUAAUUUGAGGAAAUGAGUUGGGGACACUUACAAGUACAAUACCAAAGCGUGUUAACUCAAAAUUAGUAUUCAUAAAAAGUUGCUAUUAAGACUUCACGCUGUGCGCACUUAGGAAAUGUCUUGUAUUCUCAAGGAGUGCUUUUAGAGACUGUUUAAAUUUUCACCACGCAUUCGGAAGAUAAUUUCUAGCGAGAAAACAUGGACACUUAAAAUGUUUCGUUUUGGAAAUUAUUAAAAUUUAACUCAUAUGACAGCUUAUUUACAGAAAAUACAAUUGGUUUCACAAAAAUGUGGACUUUGCUUGCAUGUCCUACGCAAGGUCGUAUUUGCUGUCCUUUUUGUGACAGCGAACUCAAAACAAACUCGUAAUACAUUGAGAUUAGUCCUCUAAAUGAGACGCUAGCCAAUAACACCUGACAUUAAUUGCUGUUUAUCAAAAUUUGCGAGUGUUCAACAAGCCAUUAGCCCAUUAUAUUGUUGACUUUGCAUUCGAGAUGUUAGUUUACGGAUAACAUCGGCUCUAAAACGCUUCACAGUUUUGUAUAUAAACUCGUUGUUUCCUGUUUUGCGAUGAAACGCGAUAAAAUUAUUAAAUCUUUAUCACAAGUGCGCGCAGUGCUUAAAAACGUAUUUAAUGGGCUAGCUAAUUGUCUAAUUAAUUGAUUGACAAGUAUACGCAGCUCGGCGAAUCUCAUGAGAUUAUUUUCCUCUGAGUUUGCUAGCCUUUUCAGUUUACAUUAAUUGAAAUUUCUUCAAUUCUUCGCGACUGUAAACAAGGCUUCAAGAUAAUUACCGUUUCCUUGACAAGCUCGUGUACCGUUUCCCAUUCACAGGAACAGAAAUUAACAAGAAUUAAGUUUUCUUUUGCUCGCUAUUAUUCCUGCUCGUCACAAAGUACACAAAGUUAAUUCGCUCUGUUCGUACGCAGUCUGCAUGAAUGGGAGGCGAGAAUUUGUAUUUCAACUAUAAAUAUAUGCUCGUCUUUACGACUGCAAAAUGUCAGUAUUACUUUGCAAGUUGCACUGGUACUUGUGCAAGGUGUUGUUCUAUUAUUCGGCUAAGAUAUUAAUAUGUUUUAAAGAUGUGAACGUAGUGCAAUUCUGUACAUGAAAUCGCAAACAGGAUAGCUCUAUCAGUUCUAUACCGUUCUUCCUAGAGGUUCAGUAAGGAUCAUCUCUUACAGUUCAGUGUUACUACAGGAGGAAACCUAAACUAAACUAACUUUAUUUAUACUGGAUAACCCUACCAGUUCUAAACUGUUCUCCCUAGAGGUCCAGUAAAGAUCAUCUCUCAUUGAUCCAGUGUUACUACAGGAGGAAAGCUAAACUAAACUAACUUUAUUUAUACUGGAUAGUUCUAUUAGUUCUAAACUGUUCUCCCUAGUCCUAUAGAGGUCCAGUAUAAGAAUCGUCUCUCAUUGAUCCAGUGUUACUACAGGAGAAAACCUAAACUAAACUAACUUUAUUUACACUGGAUAGUUCUAUCAGUUCUAAACUGUUCUUCCUAGAGGUCCAGUAAGGAUAAGUUUAAACAAACAAAAUUUGACCUCUCACGUUAUAGUGCUUUGAAUUGAAGAUGGCCUUUAACAUAAGUCAUUCAUGCAAGAUGCAUUAUAUUAAUUUCACUGUCAACCUCAGACUAUAUAUAUAUAUAUAUAUUAACUUACUAGAGUCUGAUCUUUACCGUUGAAAAACAGCGCAAUUUUCACAUUUCCAAAUCCUUGACUUCUCACUCGCAAAUGUGAAAAUGCGUUAGCUAACAGAAAUGCUGCUUAAUAUAUAUAGGCUGAUAUAAUUUUCUCGCUGAUUGAAUGAACUGUGGUUAAUAAAUUCGAUCAUAAGAUGGAAUAGAUUUUAAAAACAUUCCCAUAACGAGCAUAUAAGAACUGAUCUUUCGUAGUUGAUUUUGUGUAAUAGAAUACGAAGUCUCUAAAUGAAUUAGGAAAUGCAAAGUAAUUUAUGAAGAUGAUUUUCUCUCUGUUGGAAGAUUGAACGUUUCUCGAAUGUUGUAGUUUGUUGAUCUUAGACAUGUAUGUAGUAUAUAUAUAUAGUAUGUUACUUUCCUCAUCACUGGAAUAUAUCAAUUUUACAAUGUUUUCUAGAGAAAAAUUUAUGUACAAAACUUCGGUUGGAAGAGAGAUGAAAGUACAUGAAAAAUACAAGGAGAAAUUCGAUGUUUUGAGCAUCCUUCUUUGAUGGCCUUUCGCACUAACUUUCCGACGUAGGGCCUUCGCUCGAAACGUCGAAAUUCUCCUUGUAUUUUUCAGGUAACUGCAUCAUUACCAACCGAGGAAGAAGCACAGACCAUUCAAAAUCCAUGUACAGCCUAUAAUGGCAUCUCAGUUUGAAAUGUAUCACAUGCAUGAGAUGUUAAUGUCACAGUGGUUGGUGCAUAUGUCUUUUAUCUCUGGGACUGGGUUCAAUUCCUGCAAUAUGCUGUUGUCUGUUUAUAACUUCACCUCAGUUGUAUGUGGAAUUUGACAGAGAGGCAAACACUGGAGGUCUUCCCCGGGUAUUUCCGUUCCCUCGUGGAUCUCUAGGGAGAAAUGAUACAAAAACUAGUUUCAUAUUAUUCUCACACUGCAGAGAACAAGGAUCUCGUUUUCUCGUGCAAGAUUCAAGCACGCUACUUCGGGUUUCCAGACCGUCGUUCUACCCAAUGAGGUGUCGAGUCAACGGGGGUUGUUAGCGAGUCUUCAAUUUAAAUGCACGAAAUGUUUUGGCGACAACCUAACGCUUGUCUUGGAGGAAGCGUUUCAUUUCAGAACCAACAAUUCUAUUUUCAUUGUUUUCUGUCGUGUCAUGACUAUAAUAUUAAACUAGUUUUUCAUAUCUCUGAGGUUAGUUCUGAAAAAGAAAUGAUAGAGCUAUCAAGUAUAAAUAAAUUUGGUUUAGUUUAGGAUUCCUCCUCUAAUCACACUGAACCAAUAAGAGAUGAUCCUUAUUGGACCUCUAGGGAGAAUAGUUCCGAACUGAUAGAGCUAUCCAGAGAAAUAAUGUUAGUUUAGUUUAGGUUUCCUCCUGUAGUAAUACUGGACCAAUAACAGGUCAUCCUUUCUGGACCUCUAGGAAGGAGAGUUUAGAAUUGAUAGAGCUAUCCAGUAUAAAUAAAGUCAGUUUAGUUUAGGUUUCCUCCUGUAGUAACACUGGAUCAAUAAGAGAUGAUCCUUACUGGACCUCUAGGAAGAACAGUUUAGAGCUGAUAGAACUAUCCAGUAUAAAUAAAGUUAGUUUAGUUUAGGUCUCCUCCUGUAGUAACACUGGAUCAAUAAGAGAUGAUUCUUACUGGAGCUCUAGGAAGAACAGUUUGGAACUGAUACAGUUAUCCAGUAUAAAUAAAGUUAGAUUCACUGUUUGUGUUUCUGCAUGCAUGCCGGGAUUUUGAAAUGCACUAAAGUUAGAGAACGUUUGCACCUGCAUCAAUUUCCUUCACUAGAUAAUAUUUAUAAAUUAUAUUACUCCUCAUUAUCUACGUGCAGGAAAACCUAAUCAAAUACUCAUUUUGCCAUCAAUUGUGCGAUCAAUUCUGCCACUUGAUGAGCGCAAGACUGCGUCACCUAAACUGUUAGGAUCCGCAAACUAAAUUGAUUUCAUCUUCGCGUCAGGCAGAGAUGACAAGAGUGUGGAUAUUGGAUUAGAGAGGACGCAUCUACUGGUUCACUCCCUAGAGGGCCGGGGGAGGGUUGUGAUUCUAAGGGCAUCGAUGGUUCUAUCAGUUCUAAUCUGUUCUUCCUCCAGAGGUCCAGUAAGGGUUAUCCCAUCCUUAUAUUGUCACAGUGUUACCUCAGGAGGAAACCUAAACUAAACUAUUUCCAUUCCAAGGAAGAAAGUCACAGUUCCAAAGGUGAAACACAUAAAAAUCUCACAACUUGUCAACAAGAUGUAUUCGCAACAGGCUUUGUAGCAAGCUUGUCAAUAAGUGUUGUAACAACGCUGUUAUAUAUGUCAACAAGAGUUGCUACAAGGUCGUCACUCGCAACUUGUUCACAAAUUGUUGUAUUGUAGGACGAUAACAAGUUGUUCGAACAACUUGUAACAAGUCUGUUGAGCUCAACAACCUUGCAGUAAGUUGUCAACAGGCCGUUAACAACUUGCUGACAAGCUGGGAACAAGCAGUGCGAUAACACAUCCUGUUGACAAGUUGCUGGAACAGCAUUACUACAAGUCUGCUGCAGGUUUUUUAUACAACUUGUGCGUUUUUACGUGUGUAAACUAAUUCCAGUUCAAGGACUAAAAUCACAGUCCCAAAGAUUGAACACAUAUACGCUAACUAUUGUUAAAUCAAAGUUUGUUGCAACUUGAUACAAAACUCUUCCCUGUUUGGCAAUAUGCACUACUACAAGUUACUGCCGAACGCCAUAGGAACCAGGCGUGUGCACAAUAGACAAACGUGUGUCGCGCUACUUAACAAAAACCACAAAACGUGCCAACGAACAAGACAAAAACUCGCUAGACGUGUGAACAAUCAAAUUCCGCUUAUAAAAGCCCAAAGAAUUCGCAUUAGAGUGUUGGAAUAUGUGAAAUAAAAUAAUCUAGAAACUUUGAAUCGAAAUAUUAAAUCAAUGAAGAAGAAAUGUAAAUUCUUGGAUUGUAGAAAAGUUAUUCCAUGCGGUUCAAAAUAGAAACUGUUUUCCUAGAUGGUUAAAUAAUCAUUUUGUAAAGUUUCAUUUCAUCUUCAUUGUUGUGUAAGAGUUAAAAAGCAUCCUUAUAUUCAAUCUAUGUGCAAAUGACAACAACUAAGUACAUUUUCUUUUAAACUGAAUAAUUACAAUGCUCGUGUGAAAUAUUUUUAUUGUCUUUCUCUGUUGUUAAUGGAAGAGUUGAACUCUAUUGUGAAGAGUUGAAAACAUAAUUACUGCAGGGGUCAUGAUUUUCAACUUUUUGUACUCUUCAAACAAUUCCUUAUAAAGCUAAAAGUCAGUUAUAUUUAAAAUUGAAUAUUUUUUUCUAAAGUACAAUGCAAAUAUUAUAAGCAACAUUUUCAUAUCACUUGUCAAGUACAUAGAUGUACAUAAUUUGUGUUUGAGAACAUAGUUUGAGAGCUAAGUAAACCCGGAAAUCAAUUAGGAACCUUCUAAUUAACGAAAUGUAGGAGUUAGAAAUCCUCUAAUUAAUGAAAUGUAGACAAGAUUACAUUGUUGAGCUACAGAGUUUAGACUUCUGACGAGGGUACUAAUUUGUGCCAGGUGAUUUUUUUGUCGCGCGAUUCACGAGGGGCGUGAUAAGGAUUUUUUCUCUUGUGUAAAAUACACAAAACCACAGGCGAAAGAUAAGAUGCAGAUAUUUGAGAUUUGGAACAGACUUGUUUAUUCUCUCUAAAUCCAGAUCUGCGCAGCCAAGUGAUUCCUACAGCACUGUAACGAACGAAGUUUAUAAGAAUAUUUAUCAACCAGAAAGGGUUGAUACUUAUUGUUGUUCAAAUUUGAAUGCACUAAUAGUGUUUAAAUAUGUUUCUUCUCUAAGUAUAUUAAAAACAACAAAAAAUUAUUUCAAUCACUGAUAGACGAAUUAAGAUUGUAUGCCGUAGUGGAACAUCUCUUCUGAAACUUCCAUUCUUUCCUCUAAUUAUUGAGUUUCUCCGACGUACUCAUUGGUGAGCGGAUUUCCAAUUGAUGGGGGAUCCGAGGUGCCUACGAUUUUAACGUCCUUAUCCGGGAAGACGCGAAAGUCUAACCAUUUACUGAUGUCAAUGUAACGUAGCACUUUCUCCUCAAUUAUUUUAAGAGCUUGAGUAGAGGUCCGACCAAGCAAGCGAGCUAACUCGGUACCAGGUCUAAACUGUUCUCUAGAGAUCCAGUAAGGAACAUCUAUUAACUGUCUAGUGUAAGGCAGGGAUGAAAUACCUCAUCAUGGAGAAAGCCUGUGCUAUUUAGUAGGUUCCCACUGGAAGCACUCGUCUCACAUAUACCGAAAUGAGGCGCGAACUUGUCUCAAUUAGUUGCAGUAAUUUUGGCGCUCGUGUUAAUUUUUCACGCAGUUUUUAUGUUAUUACGAAUAAUCAUUCUUCAUUGCCAACAUUGAUCGAAGUACAAGGAAACGUUAGGGGACAAUACACCGCACGUGCCUUGCGGUGACACGCCAGAUUCAAGCUGUUUUGUGUGUUUUCUAACCGUAUAUAACAAAAAGCGGCAACUUACUUAACAUGCUUGACUCCCUGCAGAUCAGCAAAGUGAAACAUUUAAACUGUAUACAAGCAUGUGUCUGUUUAAAUAUGCUAUAAACUACAGCGCAGAAUUAGGUACAGCUGAGAGCGCGGGCUUCAGAUACCUUGCGGGCGUGGAGUGUUUGCAGGCACUUUUAAAGCUUAUAGCCUUCAGCUCCUAAUAAGUCAAUAUAUAGGUGGGUUUUACUAUAAGCACUAUCGCGCAGCAGAUGGUGAUCAACCUGCAGUUAUCAGAGUGAGAAAAUGAUAUCAAUUCUUCUCAUUAUGUGUGAUAUGGUGAUAAUUAACAAUUAUUCUCCGAAGGGCUGGCGAGGUUAUUAUCGGGGAAUAUUCACCGAGACGAAGUCGAGGUGAAUAUUCCCUGAUAAUCACCAAGCCUGAGGUGAAUAAUUGUUUUAGUAUUUUUACACAAGUCUUUUGUGUUUUUUUCGGGACUGAAUUUAUUUUAAUUUCGCUUCUUUCUUUAUCCGUGAUUUCCGCAAAACGGCUAGUCGCCAUUUUGUAAAGUAGUUUUUACAGUCCUGUUCACCUGUGGGUGAAUAUAAGGAAAUAUCACGUCAAAUUUUACCAAUCACCACGGCAGAUUUCUUAUAUUCACUUGUGUAAAAAUACUAAUAAUGAUAUAGUUACCGACUUAUUCAAAUAAUUAGUAAAAUUUACCUCAUUAACAAGUUCAUUUUGUGGAGGAUAACAACUUUAAUUGCGCGAAAUUGGCACAUUAAGCACCAUAUUGUACAAAAAUUGAAGCACAAUUUAAUAGUACUCAGUAUUAAUUCGGACAUAAUUUAGUAACAGAAGCUAGCUUUCUAAUAGAAGAAACGAAUUAAGUAUCAUUUUGGACAAAACUAGCUUUGCUUCGACUAACCGCCAUAUAAGUGCGCUAAUUAUUAUAACGUUAGUUAUUUUCAUUGUAUGCAGCGAAUUUUUCAAUUUGGAAGAAGUUAAUAUGGAAUUGAGAAGUCUAUUGAGAAGUCAAAUUUUUUUGCUCGUAUAAUAUAAUAUAUUGUAUGAAAUUACCCUUUUCGGUGUGACGAGAAGCCGAAAGCUUUAAAUUUUAAUUAAAAUGCCGAUUUAUAAGGGCAAGUCUUUGUUAGGAUGACUCUAUAGACUGGCCGAGAUUAAGUCGUCAGUUUAAAAGGAUUAACAUAGCGUUCUUUGCCAAACAUUGGCGGCCAUGUUUUGAAUAAUAUUAAUAUUUCUAGUCUUGCUUUAUCGCUUCCUAAGAGAAGCACCUGUGAAGCAAUGCAGUAGUUUGACGUAUCGCUGAGCAAAACCUGCACGCAGGUUACGUGAUGUAUGGCAUAUGGCGUAUGUAAAAAGCAAGACUGCGCGAAGCUAUAUAUAGACAGGGAUGUUUAGCUAAGAUAAACAUUGACUUAGAAAUGGUGCCAAAUUAAGCUACGGAACCUUCUCGCAGACGAACCUGCUGUCUGUAGGAAGCGCUUGUGUGGCUUUGUUGAGUUUCUCGUUGGUGAGCGGAUUUCGAAACAAGCUAUAUUGCCCAAUUGAUAGGAGAUCCGAGGUACCUACGAUUUAACGUCCUUAUCAGUGAAGACGCGAAAGUCUAACCAUUUACUGAAUUUAAUGUAAGGUAGUUCUUUCUCAUCAAUUAUUUUAAGACCUUGAGUUGAGGUCCGACCAAGGAUUUAACCCGACUGGGUGAAAGUGCACUAUAGCAUGCAAGGGUGCCACCCUUGACGGGGGGGGGGCAUAAUAUUUUGGGUCAUCAUCUACCUAUACUAUAUCCAGGCUCGUGGUUGGUUGAUUAUAACAAUGAAAGACAAUAAAACUAUAGAAAUCGUCUUUCUAAAGAACGAGUCACGAACAAUGAUCAUUUUUGUUUCCGACUGUUUGUUUCUGAAAGCCAAUCACAAAACAUGAUCAUUUUAGAUAGGUCUUUACCCGAUAUUUUGUGAACUCACAAUUCUAGGGGAUCUGGGGGCAUGCAACCCCCGGGAAAAAAACUUGGAGAAACAUUUAAAGGUCAGUCUAAUAAAUCACCUUACAAUGGUGAUCAAAUCAUGAUUUCGACAAUUUAUAAUUCAAUGGAGAGGUGACUACAUAGUAAACCUUUUCAGUUAGGUUUGAUCUGCACAAUUGAAACGUGAGAGGAAAGUAACUUUAUAUAUAAUUAAAGUCAAAGAAUCUACAGCUGCCAAUAAGUUUAUGGCUUUAUUUGAAGCUUUAACGAAAUUAGACUUUCAGAUUUAAGAAAACAAGCCACACAAUCUCUCAUGCCAUUUUUGUUUACUAUUUGGUAAGGAACUAUUAUUUAAUAUUCAGUAGGGAAGCAAUGAUUUUCCGGGCUUGUCAGCUAGAAAGUGAUGUUUUCGUAACAAAAUAUCUUUGAAUAAUUUCUUCAGGAAUUUAAAACACGUUAUAAUCCGUAUGUGUAGUCGAAUUUCUUUAUCGCCCUCGUCUGCCAUUUACAUCGUCCGCUUUUGUACAAUUCAAUGGAAAUCACAAAAGUACUAAUGAGUACAAACGCGACAAACAGUCCAAUAAACAUAUACAGCGAUACAUUUUCAUCAUGUAACCGGACAUUUCUCUCCCGGAGUCUUGUACCCAACGACGAAGACAAUGUUCCGGUAUGAUUGUUCCGAGGGUUCGGAAACCCGGUAAGGGUUAAAUGUCCCGGUCGUGGUGUGGUCGUGUUUAGGUAUUUGUUCAGGGUUCCAUUAUGUAAGAUUGGAAACAUGAUUUUGUUGGGUUUUUGAUAUUAGUAUUUCUUUCUCAUUGUUCUUUUGGGUCUUUCCUGAAUGUUGAAAAAAAAUCACAGUGGUCAGUGCAUAUUUCUGUCAUCUCUGUGACAGAGGUUUGAUUCCUGCAAUAUGCAGUUGUCUCAUUAUAAUUUCACCUCAGUCUCAUGUGAGAAGAGUGCUUCCAGUUUGACUCUAUCAAACCCCACAGGUUUUCUCUGGUAUAUUCAGCAAUUUCCAUCAGUACAGUAAUGUGUUUUUUUUUAAUAUCUAAAGUACUCAAUAUGAAAUACAAUGAACAAACAUUGCAUGAAGGUGUCAAUACAAAAAUGACAACUGUGUGAAUCUAAGCAGGAUCACGCGUGACUACGAUAUGUAAAAGAUGAGCUCGGAAGUUAUCGCAAUAUAUAUACUCCGAUUUCCUCCUGUACUGUAACACUGGGCCAAUGAAGAAUGACUCUUCCUUACUGGACCUCCACGAAGAACAGUUUACAACUGAUAGAACUAUUAAGAGGCUGUGAUAUGUAAUAUGUGAAUCUUCAUACGAAUUAAAACCUUUGUAUGUAUCAACGAUUUCCUCGGGCAAUAUGUAAUGGGAUUUUCAUGCAUGAAUGAAAAUGAAACUAUAACAUAGUCCAUAAAUUGAACUGCAGACGACUCCUAUCUGUUGUGAACUACAGGAAUCAUGCCAUAGAUAUCAUUUGCCAAACUAGCUUUUGAAAUUCCACACAAGAUUAUUCUUCCAAGAGUAGAUAUUUUAAAACUCUAUCACUAUCUAUAUUACAAGUAUAACACAAAUAUUAUCAUAUAAUUCUAACUAAUAUGUACAAGUAGCUGGUUUAUAUCAAAUCUUUACACUUUCUAACGUAAAAUAAUAUUAGUUGCUGCCACAAACCUUUGAGGUAUAGAGUUUAGAAAAUCCAAAGUAACUUUUUUUAAAAAUCUUUGUAGAAUAUUUGAUAUAGAUUUUGUUUUGACCACAAAUCGUCCUAACUUCAUUAAUAAUUAAAGAAACGGACAGGUAGAUAGGAACAAUAAGAUUAACAGGUUGUUUGCAGGCACAAUCAAAUGAACAUGUACAUACACAGUGUAUUGGAUGACAGGCCUGGCAAAAGUGUUUAAUGUUCCUCGGACCUUAAAUUUGCCUAUUUCAAAUGUUUCUCAACAGAGCGUAAAACAAUGGAAAAUUUGACGUACAUUACACCAAAUUUGAACAUUGAAUACCACUUCAAAUUUCAAAUGACAUAAGGAAGUAUGAUAUACGAUUCCUAACGAUUCUUCCAUAACGUAUGCGUGGAAAAAUUGAAGAUGUUCUUCAAUCUUCCUCAGGAUCCCGACAUCUCACUUCUACAAAACAAUGCACCCCAUAAUCCUAGCUAAUCUUAAGUUACUGUGUAAAAUAUUUGGUUGCAACUUCAAGGUUUAAUGGUGAAAUACGCAGUCUUUUCGCCGCAAACUCUGUGCUUUCGCGUUGCCGUUUUUACACCCUUUCUUUCCAAUUGAUACAGUCUUCAUUAGUCGCUAUAUGAGCGAGGCUUGCGAGGAUUUGGCGACAGUUUUCUACUUCUGAUCAAAAAUGGUUCACUUUUAAACUGGGCGAUGCUGUUGUCUUCAAACAUCAAGUUCACGUGGAUUACAAAACGGUUUUUUCGAAAUCUAUCUGUCGUGCUAAGCUGGUAGAACUUGUUGCCCAGUGACGUCAUGUAGACUGCGUCCAAAUUUACUGAAAAAUAUUGCUAUAAGAAGAAAAAAGACAAAUGCAAGUUUAAUAAAUGAAGUUGAUGGAGCUAUCCAGUAUAAAUAAGUACCAGUUAAAACAUGAGCAACCGAUCUUUAUCUUGCUUGUGAUGUUACUCUGAGUGUAUAUCCACACCGGGCAAGCAUCAUAUUCACCUGAGUACAUAAUACCAACACAGAAAAAAACACGAUCUUUAUCUGAUAAACAAACUCGAGCCGAAGGCGAGAGGUUGUAUAUCAGAUAAAGAUCGGAUGCGAAUGUUUUAACGUACUUAUGAGUAAGUAAUUUUAAGAAUAAACAUUGUCUAAGCCGAGAAAAUCAAAGUUGAAGUUUAUGCAAAUCAGGACAUGAAUUAUUAAUGAGUGUUUGAAGUUAGUUUAAUUUAGGUUUCCUCCUGUAGUAACACUGGAUCAGUAAGAGAUGAUUCUUAGGACUUUAGGACUGAUAGAACUAUCCAGUAUAACUAAAGUUAGUUUAGGUUACUGGAUCAAUAAGAGAUGAUCCUUACUGGACCUCUAGGAAGAACAGUUUAAUUAAAACUGAUAGAGCUAUCCAGUAUAAAUAAAUAAAGUUAAUUUAAUUUAGGUUUCCUACUGUAGUAACACUAGGUUACUGGAUCAAUAAGAGAUUAUCCUUACUGGAGCUCUAGGGAGAACAGUUUAGAACUGAUAGAGCCAUCCAGUAUAAAUAAAUAAGGUUACUUUAGUUAAUUACGUUUCCUCCGGUGGUAGUGGCCCUUAUUGGACUUCUAGGGGGAACAGUUUAUAGUUAAUAGAACCAUCCUGGACUAGUAUAAGUUAGUGCUGUAGUUUAAUUAUUUACCAUGUUUGGCAAAAUCUUCUCAAUCGUGACAGGCAGCUCUACUGUAUUCUGAAAGCCCUUGAUCUCGGCAAAUCUUUGAACCCAGACUUGGACGUUGCACGGAACUGUUAGAAAGUUUGCGACCAUGUGUAUGCGACAGUCGACCAGCCGUUGUUCUGACGUGCCUUUCCGCCUCACUUGUGCCUUCUCGUACAAGUCUUUUAGAUCAAUGAAGUGUACCCCUGCCGAUUCAGCAUCGGCAGUAGGAGGGGUGUAGGUGGGUUCUGGGAUGGGCUCUAUUUUGUACUCCGGGGGUGGAAAGCUUGGGCUUUGUUGUGGGAGUGGGGUGGACGGUGGAGUGGAGAUAACCGAAGGGGUAGGGGUACAGGGGGGAAGGAUAUUCUCUAAGUGGAUCGGAGGGAAGAGGGAGGUGGGUGAUUCACAAGGGGAGGGGCUUCUCGGGUAGUGUUGGGGGAAGAAUUGUUGUGGGGGGGUGGGAGAGGGUAUAGUGUCCACUGGGCUUGGACAUUGUUCAGGCUCUAGAAAAGAAGAUAAUUUAUCUCAGUUAAUAAUGACCUAGGUCUUUGCCGGACCUUUGAGUGAACAGACACCUAAAAAGCUAUCUAGUAUAAAUAAUAUAAUUACAUUUUGUUUUUCUCUUAGCACAGAUUUUAAUAGAUCAAUAUAGGAAGAACAGUUUAGAACAGUUAGGGUAAAGUUAGGAUCUGUAUUCACUAGUUGUCUAGGCGUACUAUAUUUGCUAUACUAUGUUGACACGAUGAUAAAAAAUGAACCAAAGUGCUUUUCAAAGUGUCCAUAAUUAAUUUUUGAGGUCUAGGAUUUCAGUAAGGACUAAGUUUCCACUCAAAUUAACUAUAUAUGCACUCAAUUUUUUACCAUGCUAUCCUCAAAGACUAAACAACACAUGAUACGGAAGAAAAGAUUUAAUGGAAAAUGGAAGCUGUGUUCCGCCUACGAACUGAUAUCCGCUCGUUCGUUUUUAAGUGAUUCGCAGUUCACUCAAGAUCGUGGGUGUGUAGGAAUUGCGUUUUUAUAACCAUGUGUGACUGCACGCGGCCUUGCUUUGAGGAAUAAGGAAAUGAAAUGAUUUACAUAACCUCCGUCAAAAACUCUACUAACAUCCGAAAAAGUUAACUAACUUUAUACUAAAUGACCCUAUCGGAUCUAAACUGUUUUCCCAAGAGAUCUCUCACAGCUUAUAUUAGUUUAGUGUUACUUUGCGGAGAAACCCAGUCGCGUGAGUGAAACAGGAAGCUGACUCUUCUGUGGAGAGUGAAAUGACAUGUGAAAUUAUAACAAGACACCUGCAUACUAGAGGAAUGAGGUGACAGAAGCACCUUCACUGACCAGAAUGUAUGUUACCAGAGUUACCAAGUACCACAACAAAAAUCAUCUGAGCUGUUUAGUUCGACAUAUAGGCUAGACAUUGUUUUAUUUACUCAUGGAAGUUACCGUAUAUGACGUGUUUAAUUUUCAUUUAAAUUAGUUCAAGUGACCUCUUAUGAUUUUUUGAGCUUCCAAGUAGCUCAAAAGAAAGACAAAAGACUAAUUUUAUUUCUUGUCUGUUUAGAAUAACGACAUUGUGUAUUUGAUUGCUGCUAUAUUUGGAGUCUAGAGACAGGUUGGUUAAUCUGGUAAGUAGGUUUCACUAAGCACCAUCGUGCAGCAGAUGGUGUUCAACCUGCAGUUAUCAGAGUGAACUAAAAAUAAUGUUCAAUAUUCUUCUGAUUCUAUGUAGCUGUCUUGUAUGAAUGAAUUGAAAGAUGCUUUGCUCCAGCAGUUAAAAACUGCUGACCUAAACAGUCAAAAUUAUUCACCGAAGUUGUUUUUGAAUGUGUAUUACAAAUGGUUUUACACGUCUACACAUCACAAAUGGGGAUAUUAUAAAUACAAUCAGUAAUUACAUGUUUAACAUUUUCAAUCUGCCCCCUGCUAUCGUACUGUCUUUGCUUGUUAUAUAUUCGUGAAUAACAAUAACAGUUUCUAUAGUACUAUACCAAUUAUGGUACUCAAACAGUGAGCCAGGUGCCAACUCGCUCAUGCCUGGUUCCUCGUUAAAUACAGGCAAAAUUCACUGCUGCUUUAUACCCACAAGAUAAGGUUACUCGUUCCGAGCGUGUACCAAAAGUAAGAAUUCAAGAAAUCAAUAAUUGGUCGCUGAAAAAAGCACCUUGAUUUAGUGGGUAAUGCAAUAUUUAACUACAUUUGCAGCACAUAUGGUUCCUCAUUCCUAUCUCCUAUUAAACACAAACGGAACUAAAUAUGAGUAGAUUCAGCGCAUCUAAACAUGGUAUGAUAAUUUGCGCUAUAUAAACUAUUUUAAUAAUAAUAAGAAAGUUAUAUUUAUAAAUAAGGAAAAAUUUUUUUUAUAUAAUUACGAUAAGGCGCCAGUCGUAAUUUGCGUCUGAACUACCUGAAAAUGAUUGAAAAUCAUUCGACGUAGGAAGUCAAUAGCCAGUAUAUGUACUAAAUAUUUCUGGCAAUCUCUCUGGGAACAUCCAUCCUAGUCCCCAGGGCCUUUCACCCGCGCCAUAGGCCUUCGCAGGUUAUCUUUUCAUGUCACGCAAUCACGAAACCUAAUCCUAUCCCUAACCCUAACCUCCUAACCAAUAUAUUUCGUGACUGCGUAUGCAAGUGAACAAUCAUGAUAUUUUUAAUGAUGUGUUCAAACGCGGUCCAGGUUUGUGUCUGAACUACCUGACAUAAAGAUUAAAUACAUUUUGAGUUUCAGGUCUGUUCAGAUCUUCAAACCCAGACCAGUGUAGCAUUUGUACUGUACAAGGAGAGGAAUGUGUAGAUUGAAUUCAAUGAUGUCAUAAAUGUCUCGAACUUAUAUGGCCAAGAACAAAAUGGUCAUUGAAGUCAAUUAUGUCCUCAGAAUGGUAGAGCAAUUACCCCGCCCACUUCAGCCUGUCGGAUCACACCAUAGUCAUACGAUCAGAGUCACAUGAUUGACAGGAAUGUUUAUUGAAACGUUUCGCGCUGUAUGUCUGCAGUUCGUCAAGUCCCCAUGGAGCAGGAAAACAAUUUCUUCAACUUCCUCUCGCACUAGAACGAUCCGAGCGCAACUCAACAAGCAAAGUCUUGAACUUGACAACGAUAUUUGCGAAAACAACAUUUGGUAUUUACGCAGCAACUAUGUCAUAUUUUGCUGUCGUCAUCACUAACAAACAAGCUCUAUUUUGGUCCGAGUGCGACACAGAAACGCGACACACAGUCGGCGAUUUUACUGAACGAAUUGAAAACAUUUAAUUGGUGCUAUGAAUAUUAUAAACGUUCCAUUAACAUCAAAGUGAAUUCACUUUACAAAGGUCAAAAUCGCGUCCCUUUUAUCGAAUCUGGAUUGCUGAGUGGGUGCUUUAACGCGCCUUAGACUGGCGAGUAUCCUGCCCCUUAAUUUCCUUAAAAAAAACCAUGAAGAUUUAGGAACCCGUUCGUAGCGCUUUUCUGUGCGCGCGCAUCCCGAUUUAAACCUGUCUACCCCCUCCUACUGCCCGCACCACGUUACCCCGACCCCGCUACCCAAACAGUGAGGCAGGUGCCAGUUCACUCAUGCUUGCUUCCUCAUAAGCAAAAUGCACUGCUGGUUUAUAGUAGCUAUCAAAAGUAUGAAUUUAAGAAAUCAACUCUACCUCCCCCCGCCAUUACCCCCUCCCGUUACCCACCUUUCUCUAGCCCGACGCAUUAAGACGGGGUCCGCAAAACUUGCGUGUAAAGUUAGUUUACAAUAUGGCACACACUGGAACGAAAGCUCGUAAGAUAACGACUAAGUACUGUGAAGUUAGUUUCACAAUCUAGGUCACUCUAAGAUUGCAUAACGGAUUCCCCCCACCCCUUGGCCAAAAAUUGAAAUCUCUCUCACCUUUUUCGUACAUGAAGAAAUCCAACAAGGGCACGUCCAACGAUUCAUCGCUCUCGUCUUCCGAGAUGAACACCUCUGCUUCAUCGUUGUAAUCCUGGCUUGAUAAUUUCAGGAAAGUCUCAAAUAGGAACAGCUCGUCUUCGACGCUGAAUAGCUCGCUUUCCAUGUUCCUGCAAAGGCAUGUAAACAAGUAGGGUUCGUUAGAAACUGCCAUAACACCUUACGAAUGCGUCUUGGAAGAAGCAGGUUAAUAGUUAAUUAAAAUAUCACAUCGUAUGUGUACUUUACCCUUUCUCUGCAAUUUUGAGAUAAUUGUUGAACGAUUAACGCAAAUUUCGUUUUUUUCGCAAAUGCGCUUCUCUAUUCCCGAGUCAGGCUUGGCUGAGAAUGGUUGGAAAAAGCCCACGCAUAGCUCUGAUAUACAAAGACAUUUAUUACCACUUCCUGUUUCGAUCUAAUCUGCCCCAUGAUUCUUUACGAUCCGCUCCAUCGCUUCGCGUUUUGUUAGAACAUGUAUAAACGCGAAUUCGGUAUGUAAACAAUUUUGGGAGUCAAGCUUUGGAAUACACUUUUAGACCGUUUUUCUGCGCUUGCUAACUUGGUAGCGCUUUCUAUGUUAUGUGCAUCCAUGUACAAGGUGGAUGGCGCUGAUAAAAGUUGAAGCAUUAAUCCGAUAAACUUCCUAAGGUGCAAUACAGUUUAUGUAAUUUGCAUAAUUCAUUGUUUGUUCAUAGCGGCAGCAUGACAAUUUAAAGCCCAGUUUAAAGUCUUUAAGUGAAAUUAUUUAUGGCUACUUAUUAAGACAACGCAAACAUAAUAAGCUUCGAAGUCAAAUGUUGUGUCCCAACCUUCAUUUCUUGAAACUCCGCUUUAAGAAUGCUUUAAGCUUGCCUCACAAAGCGACUUGUAUGGUAUUGAGUCGAUGUUGAUGUAAGGCUAACCACAAUAACAAAGGACUUACAUACAUAUCAAGGCUGCUACCUAAGAAUCUAGCACAAAAGACGUGUAUUUUAAGAUCAUUACCUAGACUGAAAACCAAAUUUGAAGUAAAGAAAGUAUUAAUUUAUAAAUUGCCGACGAUGCAAGGUCAGCGAAAUUACCAGUGCUACUUGAGAUUGCGGCUUUAAACUCGCCUCCCAUGAUGCAAUCUGUCUGGGGUUAUACUGAGCAGCAGGACAUUACAAUGUGCUGCCGUUGCUUUUCAAAGCAUGUACUUGAUUGUAGAAUUUCGCUAGGUAGAGAAGAAGUUGGUUUAAAUCUUUUACAGUACAUAGCUUUGCGCUGAUAAACAGCCAAAACUGACCCUGUGAUUCUGAGAAUGAGCCAAGGAACUCAGUCGUAAAAACAUUAGUGUUGCUAACCCCCUAUUCCCGCUAUGUAUGCGCGCGCGUUUCUUUCAAAAUUCGAGCCACACGGCAGUUACACUGCCCAUUCUUUGUAAACUUGAUGUUCUCACCCCCAGCCAGAAACGUCGGUAUUCUGACACAUGCAGACAAUCUCCAUGCAAGAUAUUCGAGUCAUUCGUGGACAUAUAAUUAUCAGAAAUUAAUAUAUUCACGGAAUUGUUCUGGACGCGACCUUGGAGGGCUUAGCCGCGGCGUAUUUGGCGCCGUCGUAUGCCCAUUCAGCGUAACUUUCUGUCACAUAACAUGGCGUCAUCGUAGUUGGCUUUCCUCGGCAAUAUGCGGUUGUCUGAGUGAUUAUAAUUUCACCUCAGUCCCAUGUCAGAAGAGUGCUUCCAGUUUGACUCUACCAAACCCCGUAGGUUUUCUUCGGUAUAGCAAGCAAUUUCUAUCACCGUUGUGUGUGUUUUUUAAUAUCUAAAGUACUCGAUACGAAAUACAAUGGAUAAACAUUGGAUUAGCGGCGUCAUACGGAAAUAAUAACUGAAUGAGUCUAAACAGGUCGCGCGUAACUGCGGUGAUUGUUAAUACAAAAACCUGGGAUGUUAUCGUAAUAAGAUGUUUGCAGGUUAACCAAUAAUGCAAAACCACAAUAUCCUGUCAAUCUGAAGGCUAGCUAUAUUGACUGUGAAUCGUUUUUGUAUUAAAUUUAAAUUCACUGAGUAUACUCGUGAAUACCAAAUCAUAAAAUUACAAUACAUUACUAACAUAUAUGAUGACAUUACUAUUAUUACAUUAUAAGUGCUUCUUCACUUGACCAGCUCUUGUGGUUUGACUUUCAAGCUGGGUUCAAUAUUUGGUCGGACCUCUACUCAAAAUCUCAAAAUAAUUGAGGAGAAAGAGCUACCUUUACAUUGACACCAGUAAAUGGUUAGACUUUCGGCGCGUCUUCCCGGAUAAGGACGUUAAAUCGUAGGUACCUCGGAUCCCCUAUCAGCUGGGUUGGGAAAUCCGCUCAUCAAUGAGUGAGAAUUAAAGUCGAUAAACUCAAAAAGGAAUUACAUUAAGGCACAAGCAAGACAUUUAGACCCUUGCAAGGUGCCCCUCCUUAUAUAAUUACAUUAAAAUUCUGUUCUAUAAAUGUUCUAAUUACUGUAACUAAAUUACUCUAACCGGCAAUGAAGCAAUAUCUAUAUAUCUAGCUAGUAAUCCUUAUGUAAACCGCAUUCACUGUUUAUUGAUCAAAUACAAAUCAUAUUUUGGUCAAAAAUCAUAUUCAUUAGUAUGUUAGUAUACAUUGUCUUCUUUUAAAUAUAGGCAUAUAUACCAGUGGGCGUAUUGGAGGACACAAAUUUGCAUGGUGUUGAUGGAAAUUUCUCAACAAAUACAAAAACAAUUUGCUUCAUAAUUUUUGUCGCGGGGGAGGGGGGGGGGCUCGCCGCCCGACUAAAUAAUGAUUGUGGGACUUCAGCCCCUCCACCCCUCGUACGUGGAAUCAGAACUAGAUUGAGCAGAAAUUACAAAGAAUGUUCCAUUAAUGUGACAGUAGGAGGAUUUAUAGCUGGUAGUUUUGCAAAACGGAAUUUCCAGGUAUCCAGAUUGAGAUUGGCGAGUUGGACCAUGAUAGAAUGGUGAUUGCUAGAUAGUAUACUUCAAAAUAAGGUUUCCGUUUUUAUAUAACGUAGAAAAAACUAUCCUAACGCAAAACUAAACACUAAUACUAACCCUAACCUUAACUUAUUUUUAAAAUUGAUAUAAAAACGGAAACCUUAUUUUGAAGUACACUAACUAGCAAUUGCCAUGAUAAAAUACUUGUGAAUGUUCAUGUUUACAUAGCCGUUCAUUGCUUUGUACAGGAACUCGAAAGUUACAACAACAACUUUGUUAUUCAAAGUUCUUCCUGGAAAUCUGCAUAAUAGAUAAUCACUUAAUGUUUAUGCGUCAAUACAAUUAUAGUUGUUUAUGAUAUGAACCUCGAGGCUCGAACCGUCUCGGUGCUAGUCCAGGUUAAAUACAACCACUUGAAAAAUACAAGGAGAAUUUCGACGUUUCGAGCGAAGACCCGGCUUCGUCGAGAAGUUAGCCUUCGCUCAAACUACGUCAAAGUUCUGGUAUGUCACGUAGUUGUAUCCAGACUGCUUUCAAUGUAGGAGAUAGAUUUUCACGUUUGUAUUUUAGACUUGGACUUCCACAUAGUUUUCAUUCGAAUUCCAUGCCCUGAUAUAGAUCACCAGGCGGCCAAGGGUUAAACAACGCACUACCGCCUGCAUUGCCAGGAAUUUGCGGUAGCUUUGCCAAUAUUCUUCCAAGCUGUAUACAAUUUCCUGAAAAUAAAAGGUUCAAAACAAUUUUUUCCAAACCUUUUUUAAAAAAAAUAGGUUUUUCGGAACUUUCGACCUCAAUUUUUCAUGCCUGAGCUUACACUAUACCAGGAGAUACUUAUAUAUGUAUAUACAUUAGCAAAAUAACUAUGAAAUAUAUGUGAAAAACUUUAAAAAGUACUGAAAAAUGUACAACAAAAGUGUCAUGCCAAAAUUAUACACGAUGCUCUUAAUGCAGUUAAUGCAGCACUUUUAAAAGCGUUGAUAUUCGCAGGCAGUUUGUUAAAAGGGAGAUGGUUUCCAGGGCCGCCCAGAGGGGGGGGGGCAAAGGGUGGAAAUUGCCCCGUGCCCCGAGUUGCUGGGGGGCCCUGGAAAAUUUUUGUUGGGCCCCAGCCUUUUUUGUGUGUUAAAUAUUUCCGCGCAAAGGACAAGAUAUCUGUUUUCUUGGGCUAAGUACCGAAUUUUGGCAUAAAAACCUCGAAAGCAAUUGCAAUGUACUCGUCCGGAAAAAGGUGGAGGUUGUUAUCCGGAAAAAAAAUUUUCCGGGAAAAUUUUUUAGAUAGGGGCCCCUAAAAAAAAUUUGCCCCGGGCCCCCGCCAACCUCUGGGCGGCCCUGAUGGUUUCAGGCUACAAAAGUUCUGGGGGAAAAUGAAACUAUUUGAAAAUAUCAUUGUUACAAGAAACUUGCUGAAUGGGAUGAUGAUUUGGAAGUCGGGAUUUCUUUUUAGAGGGCACACUUCAGGGGCAAGUUUAAAUCAACGCAGCCUUGGUGGAUCUUGUAGAUCAUAACCGGUUAAGCAGUCUACGCCGUUCAAGUGUGUCCCCAAUCUAAAUUGUCAAUCAUUGGGGAAGCAUGGUCACAAGUUCUGUACAACAUCAGAUUUAUUUUUGAACUAGUCAGCACAAUUAUUUCCUAAGACUCUAAGUGCUAUGAUUGACUACAAUCGGAAUUAAUGCUAUAAUAAGAAGUACAAAUAUUCGUCUUAAUGCGCGACACAAAUUCUGUUUAUCCGCUGAGUUGGACCAUGCGCAUACUAUCAACAAAUAUAGACUAUCUGAUUCCCUCUCACUCCAGUUAUCACAGUGUAUUGAAGAGAAACCGUGCAGUAUAGCAUGUACUUUUCGUGCAGUAUAGCAUGCACUUUCAACAGACCUUUCCCCAACCUUUCCCUAGCUUAUGAGUGAAAUUUGGAUCUAGAUAUGCCUGGCCGGGCAACAAUUUCAUCACAGCUUGAAAGAGCAUCACAACGAAAUGUUGUAAAAUGCGGAUAAUAUUAUCUUGCGAAGUUUGCCGUUUUUCAGUCAUUUUACAUUACAAUCUAACAUUUUGCAUCAGUUUGAUCAUCUGAUUAUCAAUUUCCCGUUUGUAAUACCAAAUGACUGAAAAACGGAAAACUUCGCAAGGCUAUAUAUUAUCCGCAUUUUACAACAUUUCGCAAAGAAACUUCGGAAUAUUACUAAUUUUGUGAUGAUCUUUCAAGCUGUGAUGAAAUUUUUGUCCAGACUUGUCUAGAUCAAAAUUUCACUCAAAAGGGGAAAGGUCUAUUAGUGAUCUUGAAUUUGUUUAUCUGCAGCUCUGAUCUCCAGGAGAAAACAGGUUAAAUGACCUACAAAAAUUUGUUGGGACAUGCAUGCGGUUUGCGCAAAAACAGGAACAAGAUAUCUUGCCAAGUAAAAUGGGAAAAAUAUCAAAAAUCUUGGCAGUCUGCAGAGCUUUCUAAACAACUGCCACUCGUGCAUAAGCAUGUUUGCAUUUUGGCCCAAGUAAGGACGUAAACAUCGCCGUAGAGUUAGGAUAAAGGGUUGGAAAUAACUAUUGGGGAACGUUAGUUUCAAAUUGAUGUGCACGAUCCUAAAUUCAUGCCUUCCUGCUUUUGUCAAGUCUCUCAGACCAAAUGCAUGACAUCCUGUUCUCGCCCAGCAAACUCUCCCCAAGAAUACGCGGGCGCGUUGUUGCCAUAUCGAGACUCCAUGACACACAGCCAGUCUAGAUGCAUUAUACAGUACACAACCAGUCUAUAGAUGAAUUAUCGACGUCUAUAACUUUACAUUGUAAACAGCGGAACUCUAAAACAGCUUCCUUCAGCAACGAAGCCCCUUGGAGCUAAGAGCUUUGGUAAACAUCUAUUGUGAUUGAAAAAUUUGAAAUAAUGAAUGCUAAUGAAUUUGUGAAACCGUUGAAAAUUCAAGCUGGGUGAUUGCCUAUUAAGGAAGUUUGUAAACAUAAAGGCACAGGAAUGAGAAAUAUGCUACAUUGUCUUCAUUAUUGCAGUAACAAUUCUGCAGUAGCAAUCUGCAAGAUAUUCUAGAUGGGGUGAAGAAGAGUAGGUACGCUUGCGUACGCGCGACUUGCCAGUUCACUAGUAAACUUUGUACUGUCAAAUUUUGUCCUGUCCUUGCUCGACCUUUAGAGAGAACAGUUUAUAACUAAUAUAGAGCUAUCCAGGUUUCAUAUGGCAAGAUUUAUUUGUUAAUUGCACGUGUCUGUACGUAUACAACAAAUUAAGCUAUCAUAGCGGUCAGAAAGCUAUCAUAGCGGUCAGAAAGCCAAAAACUUGUCAUAGAAAAUUUGUUGUAUACCAGUGCAAUUAACAAAUAUAUCUUGCCAUAUGAAACCUUGCUCGUCUCUAACUAACUUUAAUGCGCCUUUAUUUAUACUGCAUGGAUAUUGACCAACCGCAUGCAUGUAUUCAAAUUACUUUGCCAAAUUUUCCAGGCUAAUACUUCUGUUAGUUCCAUCCCUUGCAUGCAUACGUAUUGUAAAUUCCCAUUUCUUUCAUCGCACCAGUUCUGUUGCUAUCCGUGACAUUCUUUUCGGAAUUCCUAGUCAAUCUUUGCACAAUUUCUUUUACUUCCUCUGCCGUCUUUUUAGUUUUGUGCCGUCUCACGUUCUCAUUUCUUGAACUAGCUCGCAUUUUUUCUCGUUUCUGAUGCCAAUCCUCUUGAUAGAGUCUGUUAAUAACGUCAUUCACUUGUUUCCCUGAUAGCUUCUGGUAGCCCAGCAAACUGUUCGGGUUUCUCUCUUUCGGAUGUGUGAUUGUUCCCCACGGUUUACGAAUUUUAGAUGCAGAAUACAUCAGAUUCUGACUAUUAACAGUAACACUUCUAUUAUAGGGAUGUGAUAACUUUGAUGUCUGAAAUUCUGAGUUCUUCACAAAGCCACUUUAAGCAAAACACUGGUCCUUUGGACAGUGUUAAAUAAUACUCUUUUUACUCCCGUGUUUCUUUAACCAAGUGAAAGUCUAUUACCUUCGACUGUGGUAAAUAAUAAAUCACAUUUAAUGUGUAUAUUAAUCGUUUUGCCUUUGAAUACCUCGACGUUCUUCGCUCACGUAUAAAUAAAAUACUUGUUUCUGAUGUUCCUAGCAAUAUCAGAUGCAAGACCAAAAAGCGAUAAAUUAACUAUAUUCUAAACAAAAUACUCUCUGCGAAUUACCAGACAAAAUGCGUCCAUCUUCUUUUCACAUUUGCACCAACAAAACGGUUUCUAUAGUAAUUGCGCAUAAAACAUGGACUUGUAUGCAUAUAUUUUAGUGAUUAUUUUAAAAGCGCGUUAAUUAAGGCCUUAAAGGAUUAAAAAUUUAGCGUUUAUUGCAUUCAUUGACGAUUAUUUUGUGUGACAACAGUCAUUUCGCUAGCAAGAUAUAUUCAAUGAAAACCGAUGAAUCAAAAACUGACGUCAAAGUAACAUAAUGGUAUAUAAACAGUGUCAAUAUUCAAUGAAUUAAAUGAUUAUAUUUGGCAGUUUCAUAUUUCCAUAAGAACUUAGUAAGUGGACUUUGUUAUUAUAAUUUCAAAUUUGCUUUUCCCUUAUUAGUAUAGCUAGAGAAUAGGAAAAGCAAAGCCUGUCAUUGAACUGGCCGAAAUUACAACCUUUUAAUGGCUUCUGAUAUAUGAGGAACGAUGGAAAAAACACGUCUGCAAUUAGGACAUCAAAAAAUAAGCUCUGGGGCCAUCGAAGCUAUGGUUAAUCGACUGAGUACUCCGAAGAAAUAUUCUGAUAACUCGACAAAGAAGAAACGAAGCUCCGACAAACGAGAUGCAGGACUCACAAAAGAACAGACGGACGCAAUGUUGGAAAGGAUAGCAAACAAAGAUAGUAACAGAACGAAAACGCCUGAUACGAGACGAGUUUGUCAAUAUACGAAGGUCUGGGGGACUGCGCUCAAUUCGUACGCAUGGAAUGGGUUGAAUCAUCAGGCGAUUUUGUGCGGCGAAGAUAGCCCGUAAUGGUUGAAAUGUAUAUCGGUUAAACGUUUGUGUCUUGUGACUAUUGCCUACAUUGGAAAAAAGACAAUGAGAAUUUUCACAUAUAUUGAUAAACUAGAAGAUUUGUGAUGGUCUAGGCAGUAAAGGUCAUUCAAAGGUCAUGAUGUGGCAUUCCAGCAUUUCGUAAUCCAAACAUGAACUUGGCAUACAUAGAGUGCAAACACUUAUUGUGCCUAACUUUAGAUUGCUUUUAAUAUUUAUGAAAGAAUUAAAAAUAUCAAUGGCGGCCAAUUAGGUUGUGGGGGCGGAGGGAGACCAUCUGACCACCUUUUGUUGCUGGAAAUCUUAGGUUUUUAAAGUUUUUGCCUUAAAUUUCAUGC